AAGCGGGGAUCCUUUGACAACGCCAGACUUGGAUGUGAUGAAGCACUAAGACUGUGAAUGCUUGAUGAUAGUGCCUGACUGAGUGUGAAUGCAUGAAGAGACCGGCGCGCGCUUGACUCCAUAUCUCAUUGAAGUUUGGAAAACACUGGAUUCUGGAAUCUCGAAGUAGUUAGCAGCAGGCGUAGCUGAUGUGCACUCAUCGAGUCACCGUUUGUCGCGGAGGGUCACGGCACUUGCCGCGGUAGUUCACUCGCUUAGUCAACUGCAGGCCAUCGCUUUCCCUAUGUCGGCACUAUUCAACUUUCAAUCCCUGCUUUUGGUCAUCUUGUUGAUGAUCUGCACUUGCACUUAUGUUCGCGCAGUUGCCCCGCGUCUGGUCGAUAGAAACAAGGAAGGAUUCCUCGGACUGUUCUUUAUGUCUGCGCGGAUAGGAGAACGCCUCUCCCCAUACGUCGCAUUAGCAUGCGUAGCCAUGGCAGUUACAAUGAUCGUACAGUAAUCAUACAG